GGGUUUGGGUUCGCUUUGUUUGUUUUUGUCAGAUGUGAAUCCAAAUGGAGCAAUCGGAAGGAGGCGAGCAGAGCCAGCAGCAGCCGCAGCCCUGGGGGAAGCUGAUCCGGCUGGGUGCAGAUGAGGCAGAGCCGCACGUCCUGCUGCUGAAAAGAGAAUGGACCAUCGGGCGGAGGAAAGGCUGUGACUUAUCUUUCCCUGGCAACAAGUUGGUGUCUGGAGAUCACUGUAAAAUCAUAGUGGAUGAAGAGUCUGGUCAAGUGUCAUUGGAAGAUACAAGUACUAAUGGAACAGUAAUUAAUAAACUGAAAGUGGUUAAGAAGCAGACAUACCCAUUACAGACUGGGGAUGUGAUCUAUGUUGUUUACAGAAAAAAUGAGCCAGAGAACAAUGUUGCUUAUCUUUAUGAAUCCUUAAACACAAAACAUGAUGCAACUCAAGAACCAGUAGAAGUUAAUGUAGAAAACCAAUGCCAUGUGACCAAAGAUACCUCAAGUACAGGAAGAAGUAAUGAUGAGACCCAAAUUACCUCAUCACUGUCAGCUACUCAGUCUUGCUAUGAGGAACCACAGCCAUCUACUUCUACAUCAAACCUCUUUAAUGCUUCUCCUACCUCUCCAGUCGAGUCUGCAUCUGUUCAGCAGGAUAGUCCAUCUACAUCUGGAUCACAGUCCUCAGUUGUCACUCCUGUGCCUGCUUUCCCCAUCUCAGAAUCCAUGUGUGUAAGAGCACUGCACGACAAGCAUGAAAAGCUGGAUGUGAAUGCUGAAGCUUCUGCAAUUGCUCCAGAAAUCACUGACAAAGAAAAUGCAGAUUCAGCUUCUCAAAGAGCAGGGGAGGAGGAAGGUUUGGAACCUGCUAAGAAGAAACUAAAAGGAGAUGAAGAUACUUGUCCAAAUCUUUCACCAGCAGCUCCAAGUGAAUGUAUAAUUAAAAUUGGCUCUGAAGAUGCAAAAACAUCAAAUGUGAAACCAGAUAAGAUGGAAGAGACGUUAACGUGCAUUAUCUGCCAAGAACUGCUGCAUGACUGUGUAAGCUUGCAGCCUUGUAUGCAUACUUUUUGUGCUGCCUGCUACUCAGGAUGGAUGGAAAGAUCUUCUUUGUGUCCAACUUGUCGUUGUCCAGUAGAACGUAUUUGUAAAAAUCACAUAUUGAACAACUUGGUUGAAGCUUAUCUGAUUCAGCAUCCAGAUAAAUGUCGCAAUGAAGAGGAUGUUCGGAGCAUGGAUGCCAGAAACAAAAUUACUCAAGACAUGUUGCAGCCCAAGGUGCGGAGAUCGUUCUCAGAUGAGGAGGGAAGCUCUGAAGAUUUACUGGAAUUGUCUGAUGUAGAUAGUGAAUCCUCAGACAUCAGUCAGCCAUAUAUAGUAUGCAGACAGUGCCCAGGGUACCGAAGACACUCUGUUCCAACUGUGCCUGGCACAGGCCAGGAGACAGAGGCAGGAGGAAUGCAGGCUCUGGGAGAUGCUCCAUCAACCUCUGCCAACUUCCCUGCAGCUGUUCAGGAAUACGUGUGUCCUGCUCAAGGAAGUCAUGUAAUAUGCACCUGCUGCUUUCAGCCAAUGCCUGACCGUAGAGCAGAGCGUGAACAGAAUCCUCAUGUUGCUCCUCAGCAAUGCACAGUUUGUCUGCAGCCCUUCUGUCACUUGUACUGGGGCUGCACUCGCAUGGCGUGUUUUGGCUGCUUGGCACCAUUCUGUGAAAUAAAUCUUGGUGAUAAGUGUUUAGAUGGCGUCCUGAAUAACAACCACUAUGAAUCAGAUAUCCUAAAGGAUUACCUGGCAUCCAGGGGUCUGACAUGGAAAAAUAUGUUAAAUGAAAGUCUCUUAGCUCUUCAAAGAGGAGUUUUUAUGUUGUCAGAUUACAGAAUCACUGGGAACACAGUGCUUUGCUACUGUUGUGGCCUUCGCAGCUUUCGAGAACUUGCCUACCAGUACAGGCAGAAUAUUCCUGUGGCUGAAUUGCCAGUGACUGUCACGUCCCGUCCUGAUUGCUACUGGGGACGCAACUGUCGAACUCAGGUCAAAGCACACCACGCCAUGAAAUUCAAUCAUAUUUGUGAGCAAACAAGAUUCAAGAACUGAAAACUUGUAGUCUGUAGAGAGGGGACAAAAGCCUGUUACACUGCUUGUACAGUUUAAGGUUUCAGGGGAUCUGCUCCGUUCCCCCAUAGCAGGGAAUCAUUAACUUUUCCAUCAGGUAACCUGAUGUGAAAUUUUUAAUUUGUAGAAUUUUACAGCUGUACAUGAAUAAGGUAAAUUUCUUUUCCAAGGUAGUCCAGCAAGCAUUGCAUUCCAUGCUCAUGACUACAGUGAAGAACACAAACAAAUCACAUUCACAAAAACCAGCCAUAUCUUGGGAUGACCUAAGAAUAAGGAGUGUAUUUGCACUACUUGUGAAGAAACUAAGAAAAAUCGAUAGACUUAAAAUAGAGAAGUUUUGUAAAAGUAUCUGAUGGGUAUUUCAAGAGCCAUUAAUAUUUAAGGAGGAUAUUGUCAGUGUAUAUUUGUAACUGCAUUUUGCGGUAGUCCAAUAUUUUGUUGCUACCCAUUGCCUUUGGGCUAGAAACUACAUUAAUAUUCCUUUUUAAAAAAUCCAUCCAAUAAACAGCUGUUUCAACUUAAAGCUUCUACCAUAUGUGCAGUGUUACAGUGGAGUAGUACAGUUUCCUUUCUUAGUUUAGACAUGUUGAUGUUUUUAUUCACAUGAAAUUACAAAAAGAAUUGCACAAAAAUUUGAAGAUCACAUUUAAAGGUGGGGUGACACUUGAAGCAGAACAGACAUCUGCUAAUAUUACUUCUGUAGUGUUUUAUAUCAGAAGACCAAACAGUGCUUUUGACAUAGAGCAGCCAGUAGGGCACACUGGUUCAUUUUUUUUGUAUUUCUUUUUUGGUUUGAUACCAUGUGCUAAAUAUGUACCUCUGCAAUGCAGCUGUUCUCUAGCAUGCAUACACUGGUGAAAAUGUAGAAAAAACUAACUUAAAACAGAAUAUAGCAGCUUUACUGGAAGGAACAAUCUUACUGAAAAUGAGUGAAUUUGGACAAAUUGUAGCAAUAUGGAGGCAUUUCUGGAUAGGGAUAGAGAUAGGGAUCAUGAAGGGGCACACUGGUGUCACUGACAUAAGAAAUGUAGAUUUUAUUUUCAUGACUUCUGCAGAGCUCAUUCAGGAGAUGUCCCAAGUGUCAUUAAAAACAAAGAAAUCCCAACUUUCCCCCUUCCCUACAAAUUGAUAUGAUCAUAAUCUGGUUGCUAAUGUUGACAGACCUCAACUGGGACCAAUUUUGUUCUCAUCACACCUACAAGAGUGGAGCAGAAUGAGAAGAAAUCAUUCAAAGUUACCUCUGUAGAGACCAUGUUGUUUUAAGUAUGCCUUAUUUUCUGAGCAGAAUUUAUACUUGGAUGUUAAAAAGUGUACACACAGUAUCUUGUGAUAUAAUGGAGCACAAAUGAUGCAGCACAUCGUGUCUACUGGUUGCAGUGAAUUGAGCAACUAUUUCCAGUAAUGCACAUCUUACUAAGAAUGCUAAUUAGAAUGAUGUCUUUCUGUUUAGAUUUUUUUAUUUUUGAAAAUAGCUGUCGCAAGGAUGGGUCUGUUGACCAUGCCCUUAUGCUAUUAAAAAUACACUUUGGUGUGGACUUCUCUUCCUAAUCUCUGGGCAUUUUCUCCUGUGAGUAGGAUUGAAAUUGGAUCUGGAAUAUUACUUGAAACUUCUUUUAACAACAACGGUGUGUUUCUGUCUUUUAGUAUUAACAAUGUUCUGUUGCUUCUGUAUUUGUAUUUUAUGUUUAGAUUUUUUAAUGGUUAUUGUAUCUUCUCAGGACAACCAUUCCCAGCUGGUUUUGAUCUCAUUUCAUCUCUGGCUGUGCAUGUAGCAAAUUGAGUGCAGUUGUGGAGAUCAAGCCUUUGCACAUUAUAUGCAGAAAUGUGCUUUACAUUCUCAUUCACCACUCCCACACCCCAGAUGGGCUUUCAGCACAGCCUUGUCACUGUGCUGGUGUUCAAGCCUCUUGUGCUGAAGUUGUUUUGUUGGUCAGGAGUAACUUGCACUUACUCGAGUUAUGUUUGUGUAGGGGUGUAUUGUGUGACCAUAAGAAAAAAAAAAAUUGGGGAAAAAACCCAAACAGCAGAACUCAUGUGCGUAACAUCUAAAGUACCUGUGCAGUAGAUGUUCUUCAAGUUGUUUUUCUAAACCCCUCUUCCUUUUCCCUGUCACAGGUAAUUAAUCUGCCUUUCUAUGCAUAUAGGGUUGUAGUAGUGCAAUGGAAUGAAGGGAUUUUUUUGGUCAUUUAUAUUGUACCAGGAAGAGAUCAGAAAUUGGCUUGCAGAUGGGGAGGGUGAAUAAAUCCUGAUCUUUAUAUGCUCUUAAGUAAGUAAGAGUAUCUGUCAUGGGUAUUACAUACUCUACCUUAGACCUUUUUAAAUGUAUGGUUACCAGGUGAUAGUUAAUGUGAUAAAUGUAUGAACUAUGCUUGGUGUAAUUGUUUAAAUACUUUAAAGGUGCAGCAUAUUUUUAACCUGUCUAAAGCACAUCCCCACCUCCUUUAUAAGAGAUGUUUGGAAGCUGAGCAUGAAAUGUGGUAGAAUAGAUGUGGAAACCAAGGUGAUUAUGAUAGGAUUUGACAUAGUGGUGAACAAGGUAUAUAGUCUCUCUGUUUGAGAAAAGUUCUUUUAUAAAGAAGGUGGAGACUAGUUCUUCCAGUUCUCUUUUGUGGUUUAUUUUUUUUUCCUGAACUAAGAAGUUACUAAUUAAAAAAGAAAAAAAAAAGCUA